UCAGGGAGCGGUGAGUUGUUUAGGGAGCAGGGAGGGAGAGAGGGGAUACGGUGGGUCCGUGACAUCUAGCUUCCUCAGACGCUUUGGCUUCCCUUCUGCUUCGCUGUUGUGCCUUAUCUCCGCAUAUGUGACUCCCGUGUACAUCUGUGCUGAGAGACACUGACUGUGGUAAGCGACAGUGACUAUGGUGGUAGUCUGUGGCCUGUGAUAUAAGGGUAAAACUGCAGUGGUGGCGUCCACUCCACCACUUGUUCCCCGUCCUGUCCUAUGACUUUGAACUUGUACAUGUGUGGUUUCGGACAGUAAAAGGCAGUAAAGGAUUCCAGUGCUGGCACCCUUCCCUGAGUGUGUGAAAAGCCAGUCACUAGGGAAAUUGCCUGUUAAAUCCUCGUUCCAGCCCGGAGCCCUGUGAUAAAUGCUGCCGCCCCGCCCCGACACCUGUAUUUUCGCACCAAGGGACGGAGCUUGCAGACACGCGUGUUCCGGAAGGCUUACCUGACGAUUGGGGGGAGGGGGGGGCGACGUGGCAAAAAAAAAAAAAAAUAAAUAAAUAAAUAAAAAAUAAAUAAAUAAAUAAAAUGAGUGGAAUCAUUGUAUAUAGUUUAUGAUUUUAUCCAUAUUUCUGCUUAGUGUGACGGUCUGUACACCACUAAACAGACAAAACCAUGAAAAUACAGCAAAAAUUUAAGUUUGUCUCAGUAUGCCCUUCCGUUUUCUAUUUGCCCGUUGUUAUGUGUGUGUGUGUGUGUGUGUGUGUGUGUGUGUCCUGGCGCUAUAUGCAGUUGUCAUGAAUUUAGCUACUCUGACCAGGCCAGAGUCCAGGCUGCCUCCAUGCUUAGAACCGGCCACUCUCCCUUUCUUCCCAGAGGGUCCCUGCAGGACAGGCUGUGGCACGUGCUGCCAGGAGCAGUGUUGCGGUGAAGGCUGUGAGACUAGGCCGCAGCAUGAGUGGCCAGCAGCAACAGCAACAGCAGUCUGCUUCAGGUGUAGGGGGGUGCAGGCAUGGUAGCAAGAAUCACCAGGAGGUUGGCAGCUCCAGCCACAGAGGAGAGGUCAAGUUAGGGUGUCAGCUGUAUGAUAAAACUUUUAAAUGUAGCAAAGGGCUGAGGUACCACCCCAUCACACAGAGCAGUGUUAACGAUUAUGAGUGUGGGAAGAAAUAUACCAGAAAGUCUCAUCUCACCAGACACAUCCUGACACACAUUGGUGUUAGGGAUUAUGAGUGUGAGGAGUGUGGGAAGAAAUUUAUCAGAAAGUCUCAUCUCACCAGACACAUCCUGACACACAGGAGUGUUAGGAAUUAUGAGUGUGAGGAGUGUGGGAAGAAAUUUACCAGAAAAUCUCAUCUCACCAGACACAUCCUGACACACAGUGGUGUUAGGGAUUAUGAGUGUGAGGAGUGUGGGAAGAAAUUUACCAGAAAGUUUCAUCUCACCAGACACUUCCUGACACACAGUGGUGUCAUGAAUUACGAGUGUGGGGAGUGUGGGAAGAAAUUUACCACAAAGUCUUACCUCACCACACACAUCGUGACACACACUGGUGUCAGGAAUUAUGAGUGUGAAGAGUGUGGGAAGAAAUUUACCACAAAAUCUAACCUCAAUACACACACCCUGACACACAGUGGUAUCAGGAAUCAUGAGUGUGAAGAAUGUGGGAAAAAAUUUACCCUUAAGAGUGCCCUCACCGCACACACCCUGACACACAGUGGUGUCAGGAAUUAUGAGUGUGAGGAGUGUGGGAAGAAAUUCAACAGAAAGUAUUCUCUCACCAUACACACACUGACACACAGUGGUGUCAAAAAUCAUGAGUGUGAAGAAUGUGGCAAAAAGUUUCCUAGCAUUGCUUAUCUCAACAGGCAUGCCUUCAGACAUACUGGCUUGAGGGAGUUCAAGUGUGAUGUUUGUGGCAAGUGUUUCAAGACAAAGUCUGACAUUGCUAGGCAUAUGAGGAUCCACUUUUGAGGUGGCUGUACCCUUGCCUGUGGUGGUGGUGGUGGUGUAGUAGUAGUGGCCCCAACACUUUUUGUUGGCAGUACAGGUGUGACAAUAGAUGUGUCUGUAUGGUGAACCUUCGUGUUUAAUUAUCUUUCGUGUAUUUGUGUGUGCAGUGAGUUGUUGUGUUGUGCCUGAGUUCUGUGUAUGUAUUGUAACAAGGUCCCUCCACUCAUCUGCAAGAUUGUGUGGUAUGUGUCACCCCUGUGUCUGUCUGAGGGUCCUGGAGGAUUGAGAUAUAAAUAAAAAUGUGGCAUAUCA